UGGUGGAAGAAACAAAUACAAGGGGCCAGACUUGGUGUUCCGCUUAGUUGGUUGCGAACUUGCGAUUGCGAUUUGCGAGCCGUCAUCACUUUACUUUCUACUGCCGUCCGUCUGCUCUCUUUCGUUCCUGAAGGAAUCCUUGUGCUGCAUUAACCCAUGGCUUCCUCUGUCAAUCGAUGGCUGAGGCCCGAGGUUUAUCCUCUGUUCGCCGCUGUUGGUGUUGCUGUAGGAAUUUGCGGGUUUCAGUUGGUGCGCAACAUCUGCAUCAACCCUGAAGUGAGGGUGAGCAAGGAAACUAGAGCUGCUGGAGUGCUGGAGAACUUCUCAGAAGGGGAGAAAUACGCUGAGCACACCCUCAGGAAGUUUGUUCGCAACAGGACUCCCGAGAUCAUGCCCUCCAUUAAUAACUUCUUUACCAACCCAAAGUAGACAACAUUCAAUUGUUGGUGAUGGUUGAGAGCUUGAGGGUAGACCAUUUAUUCUAAUAUUAAUUGUGAUUGCAAUUUGAGAUUGGAGAGUGGUUGAAGUUGAAGUUGAACCUUUUGGGUGUGAUCGAACUGAAGAACCUUUGUUGAUUUUAGUUGAUGCAAAAUCGAUCAAGGACAGAAUCCAGAUUACAAGUCAUGUGGUAUUAUUGUGGUGUUUUAUCACUUGGAGUGAAACGUUUUUGACAUAUGAUGGUGAAAUCAUAGUAAAUAACACCGCAUUCACCCUGUCUUGCGAUGA